GGUACUUCUGAGUCCUGGCUCUUCUCUCGCGCGCAAGAAGGGGAAAAUCUUGAAACAAUCAAAUAAUUGCAUUCUGCCGGACUCUCUACUCUCCUCAAUUUAUCUUUGUCUGUGUUAGACAGGGUCUUUUUUGUCCUCCUUCCAGGUUUCUUAUUUUCCAUCCUCACACCACAUAGGUCGCGUGCAACUUGCCUGCCUCUGACUACCAAUUCCCAUACACACAAAAGUCUCCGAGAUCUCUGCGACACAGCUUAAAUCUAUACAAGUACACCAUUUCUCUUGCAUACUGGGUCCACAGGAAUCAAUACCAUCCAAGAUGUGGGGUCUAACAACAUUCGUACCCGUAUUCUCAGCCUUCGUCUGGCUGGCGAUGUUGAUCACCAUGCUGGCAGUGUGGUCAUCGGAAGGAAGCCCACACUACUCUUCAAUGGACCCAAAACAAACGAUAGCCUACAUAUCAGACAUCGGCGCACAAGGCCUCAAACCCCUCUUCAUCGCCAUGUCCACCGUUACCGUCGUGACCUUCGACAUCGCCUUCAUCCUCGAGCGCUGGUUACGACACACCGGGCGCCUGACACCCAACACAUCCAUCUGGCAGAAGAUCUACUCGGGUCUGUCCAUCGUCGCGGCCAUCGUGGGCGCAGCAGGCCUCAUCCUCCUCAGCAUCUUCGACGCGCUCCGCCACAACCGCCUGCACAACAUCUUCCUCGGAGUCUUCAUCGCAGGCUACAUCGUCAGCGCCAUCUUCAUCUGCUGGGAGUACCAGCGUCUCGGCAUCCACUUCCGCGAGCACUCCGUCCUCCGCUACUCCUUCUGGAUCAAGCUGUCCUUCAUCCUCAUCGAGGUCGCCCUCGCCAUCGCCUUCGGCGUCACGCAAAAGACAGACCGCUAUAACGUCGCGGCCGUUCUCGAGUGGGUUAUCGCCUUCGUCUUCUUCUUCUACGUCCUCAGCUUCUUCAUCGACUUCAUGCCCGCCGCCAGCUCCAAGCACCACUACUCCAACGAGUCCAAGAUGAACAUGGCCACCUCCGAGCCCAACGGCGACGCCGCCCACGACGGCGCGAGAUACUUCCGCGGCGCUGCUGCCACCGAGGCCGGCACUGCCAAUGGAUACACGAACGGAAACGUGAACGGAAACGGUAUGCAUCCAGGGUACCCGGCACCCAAUGCCAACAUGACAAAGCCCACCGAGCCCGUCCCCGCGUCUCGAAACUUCUAAACUUAAAGAAGCGAGAAAAAUGAUAGGAAAAAGAAAAGAAACCCUCAUUCAUUGUCCUGUUCUCUAAGACAAGCGGAGGACUUGAUGCAUAAUUCACAUAUUUGCAUAUCCCAUAUCCCCCUUUCCCGAUUGUUAAUAUACCUUCAUCCAUACCCCCGUUUCUAUUCGUUUACUAGGUGGCUUCCUCCACUUUUUUGGCUCUACUCCUUUUUUUUUAUAAUCAUUUUCCCCGUCCUUGUUCGGAGCAAAUCG